AUGGAACAAGGAAACCAAACCAGUGUCUCCGAAUUUCUCCUCUUGGCCUUUUCAAGAUGGCCAGAGUGGCAGGCUCUCCUCUUUGCACUUUUCCUGUGCCUCUACUUAACAGGGCUGCUUGGAAACUUGCUCAUCUUGCUGGCUAUUGUCUCAGACCACCGCCUCCACACACCCAUGUAUUUCUUCCUUGCCAAUCUGUCUGCAGUAGACCUCUGCCUGCCUUCAUCUACAGUUCCCAAGAUGCUGCUGAACAUCCAGGCACAGACUCAGACCAUCUCCUAUCCUGGCUGCCUGGCUCAGAUGUAUUUCUGUAUAAUGUUUGCCAACAUGGACAAUUUCCUUCUCACAGUGAUGGCAUAUGACCGUUUUGUGGCCAUCUGUCAUCCUUUGCGUUACUCCACCAUCAUGACCCAGUGCCUUUGUGCCUCUCUGGUGGCUGUGCCAUGGAUCCUUGCCACUUUGAAUCCCCUCUUGCACACCCUUAUGCUCGCCCGUCUGCACUUCUGCUCUAAUAACAUGAUCCACCAUUUCUUCUGUGAUAUCAACUCUCUCCUCCCCCUCUCCUGUUCCAACACCAGUCUCAAUCAGUUCAUAGUUCUGGCUGCAGUAGGGCUUAUUUUUGCGGUACCUUCGGGGUGUAUCCUGGCAUCCUACAGCCUCAUCAUCUCUGCUGUGAUGAAAAUCCCUUCCACCCAAGGAAAACUCAAAGCUUUCUCCACCUGUGGAUCUCAUCUUGCCUUGGUCAUUCUUUUCUAUGGAACAAUCACAGGGGUCUAUAUGAGUCCCUCAUCCAACCAUUCAACUGAAAAAGACUCAGCUGCAUCAGUGGUCUUCAUGGUUGUAGUCCCUAUGUUGAACCCCUUCAUAUACAGUCUAAGGAACAAUGAGCUAAAGGGGGCAUUAAAGAAAGCUGUGAGCCAGACCAAAAUCUUCUCCCAGUAAUUUGUACUGAUUGAAAGGCAUUAAACAGGAGGCAAGUCCUCAUGAGAUCAUUGAUAUUCCAGUCACAGUUACAAAGCUGUUAUCAAAUACCUAACUAAA